GUAAUAAAGGUUCGGGACCAUUCGAAGUGGCGCGUUCUAAAGUUCCUUUGGUUGCUCGACAGUUGAGCAAUAUACUUUAAAAAUGCGCCGUACUUUAUAACGCCAUCGUUAUGGAAAGAAGAUAUAACAUUGGGUGAACAAAAAGACUUCAAUUUACGUGUUUUGAAAGCCUUUUACGCUUACACGGUGUAGUCCAAUCCAGGUUUGAUUUUGCUGGCGUCCGUUAUGAUCAGAACGCCCCACAGCGUUCUCUAGAACGCGUUGUCAUUGGCAACACAUCCUUUGAGUAAACACUGCUUCAAGCGUAGCUGGAAAUAUGUAGAGGAGACAACGUGUCGAAGAUGAAACCGUCGGUUGUCUGGUUGUUGGUCGUCUCGUGUAUUCUCAUUGCUCCGUCACACGCAGAGAUCACACAGACCAAAGACGAGGACGCCAACACGGAAAAUGAAGAGCAUUCACUUGAAACAAGCCUGUCAAAGGAGCCCUUUAUCCAUCAGGAUGAGAAGCACACGGAUGGUAGCGACCUUGCCCUAACACGUAUCCCAAAACCUGCAUCCCAAGAUUUGCAACCACUGAUUGAGCCUCAUCAGCUACAAGCCAGUGACUCAAACGCAGUUGGGGAGGAAGCAAAUGUGGCAAAGUCGAGAGUGAAGAGACGAAAAAAGGGAGGGAAGAAGCCGAAGGGCGAUCGCGAAGGAAAAAAGGGCGGUAAUAAAAAGCCAAAAAAGGAAGGUGGGAACAAGAGAAAUAAAGACAAGGGCGGUGAAGCCGGCGAGGAGGGAGCAGGGGCUGAAGGAAAGAAGAAGAAUAAAAAAGAAGGACGCAACAGAAAGAAAGAAAAGAACCAACCGGUCGAGGAAGAGCCACCGCUAGAGGAAGAACCACCUAUGGAGUACGCAAACGAAGAAGAGAUUGAGCCACCAAUGGUGGAGGAAGAAAUGGAGCCGGUACAGCCAGCACCCCCCAUGUAUGAAGAGGAGUAUGGAGGGAAAGGUGGAGACUACGGACAGGAGGUGAUUGAGCAGCCUCCAAUUCCAGAGUAUGAAGAACCGCCGCCGCCUCCACCGCCGCCCCCUCCACCAGAACCCGUCCGCCCUCCACCCGUGCGCGAGCCACCGCCACCUCCACCACCUCCACCUCCACCCCCACCCCCAGCUCCAGAGGAGUACUUCCAGCCGGAGCCGGAGGAGGAAAACUUCGGUAUGAUGGGGGCGGGAGAGCAGCCGAUGGGGGCGGGAGAACAGCAAGCAGGCGCGGGUUUCAGCCCAUACGAGAGCCAGGAGCCCUGGAACCCCGAGCCCCCUCCCGGUGUGCCGCCGCCGCCGCCGCCGCCGCCGCCCCAGGUUCAGCCUCAAGGGGGUGCCCAACCUCCGUACGACAACGGCUGGCCGAGUCCCGAGGUUGCACCAGAGCCCGGGUAUCCGCCCCAGGUCGUCCCUCCGCAACCCGAGGUCCCGCAGCCGCCUAUGAUGUCGCACGACAAUGUUCAGCAGAGUCCCUGGGUCCACGGACCCGAGGUUGUAGAACAGCACCACGAUACGUCACACGUCGCCCCCGGACAUCAUCCCGAGGUCUCAGGCCCGGGGAUGGCUCAUGAAACGGGUUUUCGGAACCCCCAUCAACCUGGCAUGCACGAGCAGGAGAUGGGUCCACACGGACAACCGCACGAGGAGCCGUCAAUCAUCGUGGAUCACACCUUGUUCAACUCCGACAGCCAAGGGGGGAUGCCGCAUCACGGCGAAGCCCUGCCGGCCGAGAGUUUCGCACACGAGCCCGCCUGGACAGCAGAGGAGUAUCACGGAGCGAAGGAACAACCACACGGCUACCAUCCGAGCCACGGCGAGGGGGAGUCGCAUGGCUUCCACCCUACGAGUGAGAAGGAAGACUACUUCCAACUGAAAGAGGCAGCAGACAAGAACGAACUCCUCCAGAAGCUGGAUGAACUGGAGAACGAAGUUUCGUCUCUGCAACACGAAGAACAAGACCAGGAAACACUCCCCUUUGGGAAAAUGAAGUCAGAGUCCACUUACGAAGGCGACUACGAAGAAAGUGUUGGCGACGAAAUGAGCGCGGCAGUGAACACUCUCUGUUUUCUCUCUAUGAAAACCAUGGUUCUUGUAACCGCUAUGUUACCAGUGCUCCUGCAUAUCAUGUGAGAAAAACGUUUCAUUUAAUUGAACAACAAUAUGAAGUGUCACUUUCAUAUCUACGUCACACUACAUCAGAACAUAGUGUACAAGUUGGACCCUGUAUCACAUGAAAUAAAAUAC